UUGGAGAGGCAGGACUCAAGGAAACCGAUGGCCGGCAGCGGAGGCGUGUGAGCGGACAACAUGAUUUCAUCGUUAGGACGGCAGCAGCGGCGCUCCAGCGGACGCGGCGGCAGAUCUUUGUGGAUCAGACCAGCAGCCACAGGACCAUACUGUCUGAAGAUCCAUUGACGAUCAAAAUGCCUGAAAAAUCAUCGCAAUCCUGCAGCUUCUGAACCAUGGGAAAUGUCGAGAGCCAGAGUGGGGACCAUGCCCUCUACGGUAACGAACGGGGCCAUUUGUCACGCAAGCACAUGUCUCGCUCUCUUCGCAUCUCCAACAAGCAGUCCAGACGCUCUCGACAUGCCUCGUCAGGGAAAAUAGAGCACAGGAAUUCGGAGACGAGCACGCGCUCCAGCAGCACGCCCAGCAUCCCGCAGUCCCUGGCUGACAACGGCCUGGAGCCCUUCAACGAGGCCAAUGUCCUCUCUGACUUUGGCAGCCCCAUAUGGGUGGACCGCGUGGCCAUGAACCUGCGGCCCGUGUCUUUUCACAACGACCUGGCCAACCCUUCGGUCCACAUGGACACCAUGCGUAUAACUCUACCGGGCCCCGCCGUCAAGGAAGCACAGGACAGAGGCGUGUACACAGGCGAGGUGACCUACCUCCAGAAGACCAGGGACGGUCCCCGGGAGACCGUCAGCUUCAAGAAGAAGAGGUCCAAGUCGGCAGACAUGUGGCGCGAGGACAGCUUGGAGUUCUCCCUGUCGGACCUCAGCCAAGAGCACCUGACCAGCACCGAGGAGAUCAUAGACCCUUCCAACGAGAGAGACUUUACCGACUGCAGCGGCCACUUACAGUCGAGCCCCCAGUGCCUGGAGGUGCUGGACUCCGCCGAGAGGGCAAACUCCUUGGACGAGCUGUACAGCCAGAAGACCCCCGGCCGCAGGCAACCCCACGGCCGCUACGCCAAGUGGCACGACGCCAACAGGGCCAUCAGGGAGGGUGAAGACGAUAAGAUGCUGUCGCUCUCGGAGGAGGACGGGAACACCUACGGCGCGUACACCCUCCCCUGCCGGCGCUCCCACUGCCUGUCUGAAGGCCCGAGCAGCCAGCAAGCUGCCAUGUGCGCCAGCAUGCAGGGCAGGAGGGCGCAGACGAUACAGGACGUCACGGCCGGCGAGGGCAGCGAGUACGAAGACAGCGGCAUCGACGGGGUGACGGCCGAGGUGGAGCACCAGUCCAGGCGCUACAAGACCAUGUCGGCCUCCUUCUCCGUGUGCUCGGCGGCCGGCCGGAGCAUGUUCGCCGAGAGCGACAGCGGCAGCAGCAGCGGAGGCGGGGCCAGCGAGUGCGUGCAGGGCGUCUACGAGAACUUCCGCCAGGAGCUGGAGAUGAGCUCCUGCCAGACGGAGAGCCUGGAGGAGGCGGGGUCGGCCCUCAGCGACGAGCAGAGCACCAUGAGCUCCGCCUACCAGUCCGACCCGUUGCUCAGCAUCACGCAGGGAACCGUGCGCAAGGCCGGCCGGCUCGCCGUCAAGAACUUCCUCGUUCAUAAGAAGAACAAGAAGGUGGAGUCGGCCACUAGACGCAAGUGGAAAAGCUACUGGGUCUCCCUGAAAGGUUGCACUCUGUUCUUCUAUGAGAACGACGGGCGUUCAGGGAUCGACCACAACAGUAUCCCUAAACAUGCCAUCUGGGCAGAGAACAGCAUUGUCCAGGCUGUGCCCGAACAUCCCAAAAAGGACUUUGUGUUCUGCCUUAGCAAUUCACUGGGAGACGCUUUCCUCUUUCAGACCUGCAGCCAGACAGAGCUGGAAAACUGGAUCACAGCCAUCCACUCGGCCUGUGCCACCGCCGUCGCCCGCCAGCACCACCGAGAGGACACGGUGCGGCUGCUGCGGGCCGAGAUCAAGAAGCUGGAGCAGAAGAUCGACAUGGACGAGAAGAUGAAGAAGAUGGGAGACAUGCAGCUGUCGGCCGUCACCGACACCAAGAAGAGGAAGACGAUCCUGGAGCAGAUCUUCUUGUGGGAGCAGAACCUGGAGCAGUUUCACAUGGAUCUGUUCCGCUUCAGGUGCUACCUGGCCAGCCUGCAGGGAGGAGAGUUGCCCAACCCCAAGCGCCUCCUGGCCUUCGCCUCCCGCCCCACCAAGCUGGCCAUGGGCCGACUGGGCAUUUUCUCUGUCUCCUCCUUCCAUGCUCUGGUGGCAGCUCGCACCGAGAGCGGGGUGAGGCGGCGCACACAGGCCAUGUCCCGCUCCUCCAGCAAGCGCAAGAGCAGAUUCUCCUCCCUGUGGGGGCUGGACACUACCUCAAAGAAAAAGACAAAAGCCCAUCCCAGCAUCAACCAGGUCUUUGCUGACGGCGAGGAGCCAGUGAAAAAGCUUGUAGAUGGCAUGUAUGUUGAUCCUGCCAAGGAACACAUGAAAAGCGAUGACGGAACUGUGAAAAGCCUUCCUCGGCCCAGCACGGAAAGUGACAUGUGGGUCCCCGACCACCUGACCCCUUCGUGGGUGUGUUUGCCAAAUGACCAGCCUGUACUAACCAUCAUCCAGCCAGGGGAGUCGGCACUGUGUGUCCUGGAAACCAUCUGCAAGGCUCACCAGCUGGAUCCCACCAAGCACUAUUUGCGACUCAAAUUCCUGAUAGAAAACCAAGUGCAGUUCUACAUUCCCAAACCAGAGGAGGAUGUGUGCGACUUGCUUUACAAAGAAAUUGAGCUGUGUUCCAAAAUAACAAAAGUCAUCCAGUUUGACCGUGACGAAUCCUGCAUGAUUGGUUACGGUUUCUCCAUUUCGGUCGUGGAGGAGGACGGAGUGCAGCAGCUCUACAUCACCGACGUGAAGGCGGGUGGAUUAGCCUUCGCCAAAGGGCUCAACGCAGGCGACGAGAUACUCCAGCUGAACGGAAAAGACUCCCACAGUCUCAACUUCUCCGACAUGAAGGCGGCGUUCUCGCAAGCCUCGCUGGCCCUGACCGUCAACACCUUGCCCUCCGUGGACCGCCGUCAACUCUGCUACCUGCCGCCACGCCGCUCCGACGCCGAAGAGGACCUCUACACCGACAUCUUCUCCCAGAGUCAAGAGGAAAUCCUUGAUGACGGGGUGGGACUGUUGCUGGAGAGCUCAGGAGACAGUUUGGAUGAUGACUCUGAAAUCUUCAGUGAGGCUGAUGAAUGCAAAAAGAGUACUGAGCAGGUCGCUGCUUUCUGCCGCAGUCUCCAUGACAUGAAUCCCUCUGAGUGUGUGUCCUCUUCGCCCAGCCCGGACUCCCCCUUCCCACCGACGGCGACUCCUCGACAGCUCUCUGACGCCGACAAGCUCCGCAAAGUCAUCUGUGAACUGGUGGAGACCGAGCGCACUUAUGUCAAAGAUCUUAACUGCCUCAUCGGGAGGUAUUUAACCCCACUGCAGAAAGAGACCUUCCUCACUCAGGAUGAGCUGGAUGUGCUGUUUGGGAACUUGCCCGAAAUGGUGGAGUUCCAGGUGGAGUUUCUCAAGACGCUGGAAGACGGGACCAGGCUAGUCCCAGAUCUGGAGAAACUGGAGAGAGUGGACCAGUUCAAGAAAAUCCUCUUCUCACUGGGAGGCUCUUUCCUGUACUAUGCAGACCGUUUUAAAAUCUACAGCGCUUUCUGCGCCAGUCACACCAAAGUCCCCAAGGUUCUCGUAAAGGCCAAAACGGACGCCGAUUUCAAGGCUUUCCUGGAUGAACGCAACCCGAAGCAGCAGCACUCGUCCACCCUGGAGUCGUACCUGAUCAAACCCAUCCAGCGGGUGCUCAAGUACCCCCUGCUGCUGAGGGAGCUCUACUCGCUCACGGACCCAGACAGUGAGGAACACUACCACCUGGACGUCGCCAUGAAAGCGAUGAACAAGGUGGCCAGCCAUAUCAACGAGAUGCAGAAGAUCCACGAGGAGUUUGGCGCCGUGUUUGACCAGCUCAUCACCGAACAGACUGGUGAUAAGAAAGAGGUGGCUGAUCUGUCCAUGGGUGACCUGCUGCUGCACACCAGCGUGGCGUGGAUCAACCCUCCCACCUCUUUGGGAAAAUGGAAGAAGGAGCCCCAGCUGGCUACGUUUGUUUUCAAGACAGCCGUGGUCUUUGUGUGCAAGGAUGGCUCCAAGCAGAAGAAGAAAAUAGGCGGCUCCCAUCGAGUCAACGUAUCUGCAGAAGAAAAAGACCCUUUCCGAUUCCGUCACAUGAUUUCAACCGACGCCCUUCAAGUGAGAGCUUUGGCCAAUGCAGACGGCGAGGGCUCUGCAGUGUGUGAGAUUGUCCACACAAAGUCGGAGUCAGAGGGAAGACCAGAGAGAACAUUUCAGCUCUGCUGUAGCUCCCCAGAGAGUAGAAAAGACUUCCUGAAGACCGUCCACUCCAUCUUGCGGGAAAAACAUCGCCGGCAGCUCCUGAAGACGGAGAGUUUACCCCUGAACCAGCAGUACGUGCCCUUUGGAGGAAAGCGCCUCUGUGCUCUGAAGGGGGCCCGUCCCGCCAUAAACAGAGCAGUGUCUGCUCCCACCAGGACUCUGGGCAGGAGGAAGCUGGUGCGCAACCGCUUCACCAUCGACACCGACAUCGUUUUCGACGGCGAGCCCGACCAGGACCUCGCUUCGCCUCAGGAGCCGGACCCCAAGCAGCCGGGUGACGACGAACAACGCCGAGAGCAGCAGUCUGAGCUGGCGGGCGACACGGACCGCUGGGUGGAGGAACAGUUCGACUUAGAGGAGUACGAAGACCCGGAGGAGGUGAAGGAGACGGACAUCCUGAGUGACGAUGACGAGUUCUGCCCGACCCCCAAGGGGCGGCCCGCCGGGGUCGACUUGGAGGCCCCAGUCAUGGCUCUGUCCCUCGGGGGCGAGGAAACGGAAACAGAAGGGGACGAGGACACUAAAUCCCCGACGGCCAGCGAGACAGCCGACGCGGCGAAGCUGUCCGACACGGAAAAGCAACGCGCCGUGACCGAGGAGAGCGCCGAGGAUCAGAGGCAGACGGAGGAGGAGGAGAUUUGGGUGCGCAGGGAGCAGUCAGACGGCCCCCCAGACUGUGACACGUAAACACAAAGCUAAAGAGCGCGGGCAGAUGGCGAGCGCUUCACUCCGACGGCUUCACACGGGCUUUCAUCAGAAGAAAAUCCGCCAACUCCUAAUUCAGCCCCUCACCAACAAUGCAUGGGCAUUGACAUGUAUCGCACAGCUAUUAAAGAUAUAUCCUUACCAAUUUUGUCGAUUGCUUUUUGUACAGAUAACAUCACUGAUGGAGCAAUACCGGAAACCAGAGUGAGGGGUCUCGAUCCCAAAUCAAAUGCUGUCAUAGAGACGCCAAUGCUUAAGCUUUGAGAGAUGAGUUAAAGGUACAAUCAUGAAAACUAGUCAACUGUUUUGAUUGGCAUGGUUUGCACAUUGAGGCAGCAUUCCAGGGUCCUGCCUGCUGUUGCCAAAUUUUGGGUAUUGUGAACACAUUAAUUUUUGUCUGUGUGACUCAGAGAUAUUAUCAUAGUUAAGGGCUGUAUAUUAUUUUAAUUUGUCCUUAAAGACAUAGAAUAAGUAAUUACAAAGGACAGUCUAGUUCAGUCUUGCAUAGUUUACUGUACUUGUACAUUUCCACAUGAGUAUACACUGACAUGUUUUGGGAGCAGAUUCCUGGUUCUGUACUAUAUUUGGUUUGAAUUUCUUGUUUUACAGACUUAAAGCUCUCUUUUUAGCCUGGAAUUUAUUUUUGUUGUUCUUUUAUUGCAUAUAAUAGUGAAUUUACGUGAUAAACCCCCCACUUCACAAAGGCUAGGGGAUUUUAAUUUUAACCUAACCGAAUCCUGUUUUACUUGAAAACGCAUUUGCUGUUUCACUUUUUUUUGUUUACUGUGAAAAACCAUUUUCUCAAAUAGUUUUUUUUUUUCUCCUUACUGCUCUUCAAUUUUGCCAUUCAAAGAACGUUUUACAUCCUUAACACUUCAUGUACACACUGUGUAUUGUAGAGAAUUUGCACAUCAGUUACUUUGAGAGGUUUUGUGUGUUUGAAAAGGUUGUUCACUUGUAAUGGAUUACAAUGUAAUGUUUUUAUUUAUUCAUAUUCAUCAGUAAAUUAAUUUUUUUUUUUUUUUUUUUUUUAUCAGCAAACCAACAUGACGAGUAACCAUUUUCACAAAGAAAGUCCAAAUUUGCUGAUGCAAUCAAGGGGAAAGACUUAUGUCUGAACAGUGAAAGAAAUCAUACUUGUAAACAGCUCAUUGUGCUACUAAGACUGCAUUUUUAUUACUGUGUGUGUAUAUAGAAAAAUGUAUUGAUAUCAUAAUAAAUACUGUUGUUUCCUAC